AUGGAUAAUCUUAAGGUAGAAAAGAAAGAGGUUAAUACUCUCAGGACUAGAAACGCAAACCUCCACAAACAUUUCCAAGUGAGACGUGACGAGAAUAGAAGCCUUAGAAAAGACAUGGAGGAAAGCAUUUUUGAAGAAAACUUGAUUGAUUGCGCAGGUAACCUGGCAAGACUAAAUGAUAACACAGAAAAUUUCAUUGAUAUGAUGGAAGAAAUGCACUCCAUCACUAAGGAUCUUGUGAACGUUGUGGAUAAAUUAAUAAAUAAAUUGGAAAAUAAGAAUGCUCUGAGCGAAUACAGAGACUGGAUUUCGUAUUUUAAUAAAGAAAUAAAAGAAAAGUUACCACAAGUAGGGAGCCGAGCACAAACUGCCAUUUAUAAGAAAGUUUUAGGUGGAAAACAAGAUUACGCUGAUUCGGAUAAAGAAGCUAUUUUAAAGGUGGAAAAUCUUUUGAAGAGUGUUAACAUGUCAUUCUAUGACUAUGAACUGUUGAUAUUGAUGAAACUUCGAAGCAACCACGAAUUCCAUAGGGGUGAAUUACAAUCUCGAGCACAGGCAAAAAAAAAUCUUCAAGAAACGUUUCCUGAAGAAAUGAAAUUGUUUAAGGAACCUUUGCAGAAACUUUUCAAUGCUCUGGAUAUUUGGUGGAGCAUUUGA